AUGGUGGCUUCCGCUUCCAAGGAGAAGGUCAUGGUAGUCUACGACUCCGUGACGGACGUCACUUUCGCCAAGGUGCCGGACGUGACGUCUCUGUUGAAAACUCAACGUGCAGCCAAGGCGAACAAGGUCGCGAAGAACCAGGUGACAAAGGCCGGUCCUCCAGCCAAGGCCCUCUGCCACUCCUCACAUCCUUUUCUGAUUGGCAUCAGUGCUCAAGGCAGAGCAGCCGUCAUGGACGGCUACAGUUCCGUGGCUGGCGUGGUGGAUGCCAGCAUCCCGAACAAACUGUUCUUCAAGGUGAAUCCGCUGGAUGCCAUCGCCAAGGACUUAAGGAUCUGGUGCAAGCUGCUCAGCGAUGAAGACGUGAGCGCCUGA